GAGCCUAGCGGCGGCCUGUAGCUCAGGAGGAUGUGGCGUGUGGGCAGCUGAGGGGCGCUUCCGGACCGGGCCGGAACCGGGAGAGAGCGGGCGAGACCCUGGCUGUGCGGGGGCCCGUCGGGUGACCCGUAGGUGGUUCCUGUCGCCCUCAGGCCGUCCAGGUCGCUGAGGCGCUGUCCGUUCCGCCGGCAGCAGGAGCCAUGCCGGCCCCGGAGCGCAGGUCGGUUUUCGAGGCCGCUCAGGACCCCGUCCUCCUGCGCGGGCUGACCCUCGUCACCAGCGUGGCUGCGGAUGCGUGGAGCGCCGAGCCAGCGCCGAUGAAGCACGAGAAACCCACAGUUGCCAGCAGUGAGGAGAAGCUUAUUGGGGUCCCUGAGGUUCUGGAGCGGAUGUGCUGCUCGACCUGCAGGCAGGUGUUCAGCAGCAGGGAGGAGCAGACCGAGCACUACCGUCUCGACUGGCACCGCUUCAACCUGAAGCAGCGACUCCUGGGGCGCAGGACACUGCCAGCAGAAGUGUUUGAGGAGAAAACCCAUAGGGGUGAUGUUUCCAGCAUCUCAGGGUCUGAUUCAGAGAGGUCUGAUGCAAGCAGUGAGUCGGAGGUGCUGCCCUCUACCAAUGACAGCCCCGGGACCCCCCUGACCUCCCGCUCCCACAAGGUGCUGCUCCGCAAUGCGAAGGGACAGCUCAUCUGUGCCUACCGCUGCGUGCUGGCCACCAGGAAGGGUGGCAUUGAAGAGUCAGCAGAGGUGACAGCGUCACUGCAGAGCCUCAGUGCGAGCACAUGCUGGGUUGUGCUGAUGAUGGGCGGUGGGCACUUUGCAGGAGCUGUGUUCCGGGGCCCCCAAGUGCAGGAGCACAAGACCUUCCACCGCUAUACAGUGCGAGCUCGGCGGGGCACAGCCCAGAGCCUUCGGGAUGCCCAGACCCCAGGGUCUGCACCCAGGUCAGCUGGAGCCUCCCUGCGGCGUCACAACGAGGCUGUACUGCUCAAGGACAUUCAGGACCUGCUGGCAGCCUGGGCACAGCAUCUGAAUGAAGCUCAGCGCAUCUUCCUCCGGGCCCCUCGUCACAGCCGUGCACUGCUCUUUGGUGGCAGGAACCCACCUCUUAACCGGGGCGACCCUCGUGUCUGCCAUAUCCCCAUCAGCACCCGUAGGGCCACUCUGCGAGAGGUGCUGCGAGUCCACACUGUUCUGGCCAGUCUCCAGGUGUAUGGGAAGGACACGCCACUGGAAGACAUCACUGGUUCUCCCCAGAAGGGCUGGCAGAAGAGGCAGCAGAAAGCAGAGAUGGAUCGUCUGCAGGAGGACACAAGUGCCCCUGUCUUAUCACACUCCCCAGCUCCAGAGGAGGAAGAGGAGGAGGAACAGGAGGAGGAAAACCCUGCAGGGGAACUGGAGACUGUGGAAGUGACACUGGGGACCUUGGACCUCCGAGAGUUUGAAGUGAUGCCCAGGAGAAACCGCAAAAGGAGGAAGAAGAAAGAUAAGAAAGUGAGGAAAGGACCCUGUGCCAAAGAGGUGGAAUGCCAUGGUACCCAGGGUAGGCAGCCUGGCCUGGAGCUGGUGAUGGAGCUGCAGCAAGGGGCUGAGCCCCUCCCCUGGGACAAUGGAGGAGACCCUCAGACCCAGCUCCGUGAUGCUCUGUUCACCGCCUGCAAAACAGGGGAUAUGGGGACACUGCAGCACCUCUUGGGUGUGCCAGAGAACGGGGCCCUGCCAAGGGACAGCAAAGAAGGGGAUGGUGCACAGCCCCUGGAUAUGCCUCAUUCCUUGCUCAACCAGCCUGUCAAUGAGCGUGGCUGCACCCUGCUCCAUGUGGCAGCACGGGCAGGGAAGGCUGAGGCUGUGUGCCUGCUGCUGGAGGCAGGGGCAGACCCUGCCCUCAGAGAUGGGCAAGAGAGGACCCCUUACUGCGUCUCUGUUGACAAACUGACCCGAAACGCCUUCCGCAAGUUCAUGGUGGACCAUCCAGACAAGUAUGACUACAACCGUGCCAAGGUGCCAGGACCCCUGACCCAGGAGAUGGAGGCCAAGAAGCUGGAGAAGAAGCGGGCACAGAAGGCCCAGAGGAAGCAGCGGGAGGAGUGCCAGCGCUGGGAGCAGGAGCAGGGAGAGAAGCAGCGGUUUGCAGCCCUGUCUGACAGUGAGAAGAGGGCCCUGGCUGCUGAGCGGAGGCUGGCUGCACAGCUGCAAGAUGCUGGCACAGCUCUUGCCAACAUCAGCCGCUGCUGGAAUUGUGGAGAGUCCCUGCAGGGCCGGGUCCCUUUCCAUUACCUCGACUUCUCCUUCUGCUCCACGGCCUGCCUACAAACCCACCGCCGGGCCCGGGCCAGCCACACCUAAGGCUGGAGACAGCUGCCACCUGCCAAGGACCGAUGUGGUGGAGACACACUGCACAGCAAGGGAGAGCUUGUGGAGCAGUGUGGUCAGAGGGACUAAGCUGGCCAUGUUCAUCUUGGGGGCAGCUCUGUCAAGGCUCAGGGUGAGAAUGUCUCUCUGAGUCGUAACUCUGGAGACAUUACAACCACGAGGUCCCUGUGUACCAGUGUGAGGGACUGUGCCUGCUCCAUGCCCCAACUCCAGCUGUGGGGGGUCUUGCUGUAGGCUUUUCUCAUGGCUACCUCAAAGGCCCAUGGCAGUGGGACAGAUCCCAACAUACCUGCAGCCCUGAACUACCUGUAGCUGUGCCCAUGGGCACUGUCUGGGCUGUGCUUUGCCCUAUUCUCUCCUGGUUGCUGUUAGUGUCUCAGCCAUAUCAUGUUAGCAACUACCUCCUCUGCCUGCAUGUCAAUAAAGAGGUGCCUUGAACCCCUAGGCACUGGG